AAACGCCCAACGUUUAUGUUUAGACGACUUUUAAAUAAAGUUGUGAAAUUGACGAGUAAGUCAGCUCCUACAAACAUGGCGGCCGACCAGACUGGCGACGUAGUUCCUUCUUCUCUGUCAGCUAAAGUAGUUGGGUCGUUUGCUUACUUGACUGUGAGAGACCGAUUGCCCACCAUCCUCACAAAAGUCAUAGACACAAUCCAUCGCAACAAAAACAAGUUUUUUGAAGAAUAUGGGCAGGAAGGAAUCCAAGCAGAGAAGCAAACAAUUUCUCUGCUGUCCAAGCUGAGGAACGAGCUGCAAACAGACAAACCCAUUCUCGCCCUGACGGACGACCUGGAGGACACGGAUUCUUGGAACCGGUACCUGCAGAGACAACAGGGGCAGUGUGGAGGCCAGGAGGCGGUCAGCUGGUUCAAGUCGCCGUGGCUAUAUGUGGAGUGCUACAUGUACCGCCGGAUACGGGAGGCCCUCUGGCUCAACCCUCCCAUCAGUGGCUACGACGUCUUCAGUGAGGGGAAAACUCGGAGCUUCUUUGAAUCUCAGCAGGCUAUCAUUGCUUUAUGCACUUACUUCGAGGCCUUCGACAACAAAACGGGAGACAUCUCAAAAAAUCAACUGAGGGAGUAUUUCAACAAACUGCUCCAGGUUUGCCUUUGGGGGAACAAAUGUGAUCUGUCGAUCUCUGCCGGCGUGGACAAUUCGCAGAAGAUCAGUCCCAUCGACUCUCUACUCGCCCUGCAGAAGUUCAUCUUGGUGGACGACUCUGACGCCGUGUGGUCGACGCUCAUUUCAGCCCGGCAACAGAGACAGUCGGGGAAAAGGAGCUCCUGCCGAGUGGACUUUGUUCUGGAUAACGCCGGCUUUGAGUUGGUCACCGAUUUGGUCCUGGCCGAUUUCCUGGUGUCCUCCGGUCUGGCCGGGGAGGUCCGCUUCCACGGCAAAUCCUUCCCGUGGUUCGUCUCUGACGUGACGGCUGAGGAUUUUCAUUGGACCAUCCGUCAGACCAUGGCGGCCAAUCACAGGUGGAUGUCCCAGAGAGGGCUGCGGUGGCAGCAAUACGUGAAGGAGGGCGUGUGGUCUUAUCAUGACCAUCCCUUCUGGACGCAGCCCAACGAGUUUUGCGACAUGGCGGCCGACGCCCCGGAUCUGUACGCCGCUCUGCAGGUGGCGGACUUGUUGCUGUUCAAAGGCGAUCUCAAUUACAGGAAGCUGGCAGGAGAUCGCGACUGGGACCACACGGUGGACUUUGACACUGCACUGAGGGGAUUUGGACCGGGACCGCUGUGCAGUUUGAGGACUCUUAAGGCGAACAUUCAAGUGGGUCUGCAGCCGGGCCAGGGGAGCAAGCUGACCUCUCAAGACCCACACUGGAUGACCUGUGGAAAGUAUGCCGUGAUUCAGUUCUACAGUCCCAACUCGGAUCGGCGAGACUGACCUCACAAUCAACGAUCAACUCACGCCUUCAAAGCGAUAACAUGAUGAUGUCUUUGUCACUUUACUGUUUCAUUGAGAAAGCACUGAACAAAUUGUACAUUUUCAUCUCUCUCAGGAAGUUAUUAUACUUCAAGGAGACGUUUAAAAAAAAAAAAUCAGUCAGGCAUGUGUGAAAAUGCCAAUACAAAAAUGGAAAGAACAAAUGAACCAAGUCAUGAAACUAUCAAAUGUGUGCUAUGUCUUCAUGUUUACAGGUGAUCAAGUUAACAAAAGUCAGCUUCAGGUUGUUCGAUUCUACUUAACUGAAGGAGAAUGUUUCCAUUAGAUUGUUCCUAAAAUGUACAAAUAUUGUGGGGGUUGGGGGGGGGGGGGUCGUGGACUUAAAACAACAUGCAGUAAAGGCAGCCAACAGUGCACGCAACAAACCGGCGACUCUGACUGAUCAAAAUGCAUGUCUGCACUUCAAGACCUUAUUGUCACUGGAUUCCUGGCGAGAUCUUAUCCUUCUAAUGACCGACUUUUCAUCAAAUAAAAGAGCUGCGGCGACUUGA